AUGGUCUUUAAAGUACUACUCUUUGCCCACCGCAAGCCGGGCCUCUCCCCGACGGAAUUCCGCGACUACCUGGAGAGCACGCACAUCCCCCUCCUGCGGCGCCUACUCUCCGCCACGUUUCCCACCUCCCACGCCCGGCGCUACAUCCACCGGGGCGACGCCGUCGACUCUGACGGCGUGUACCCGGCGACGGUGCUCCUGGGCAGCCAGGCGGAUUUCCAAUGCGAUGUCAUUUCGGAACUCACGUUUGAGAACGGGGAGGCGUUCCAGGCGUUCUUUGCGGAAUACCAGUCGGACAAGGUGGCGGCGGAACUCAAGGAGGACGAGGCACGGUUCUUGGAUGCGGAGAAAUUGAGGGCGGUGGUGAUUGGGGAGGUGCGGGAGACGUUGCGUGAGGGAGGUAACUGA